GCGUGCUGGCUGUUGGACCAAAUAAACUUCAGCAAUCCACGCGGCAAAACAUUUCCUGCUGUUGACCACCACCUUCUCCCCCACAAUCCUCGCAGGCAGACGGGGAGGAAGCAUGGCUGGAGAGCAAGCGGGGAAGCAAGGGGGAGACACGAACGCUGUCAGGAAACGGAGCUGAGUGCAAGGAGUGGAGAUGGGUGAAACUCUGCUGAGGAAUUCACAGCUUGAGGUUGUUCUUGGAGCUGGAGUUGCUGCUGGAUGCCUGGAUCCAUCAUGUUCGGUGGAAGAAGAAGAGGUGGAGAUCAGGAGAUGGGUGAAACUCUGAUGAGGAAUUCAGAACUUGAGACUGUUGUUGGGGCUGGAAUUGCUGGGUCCUUCGUUUUCAGGCAAGCAACCCGCUCUCCCCCACUCCGUGUCUCACCUCCCUCUCCCUCGAUCGCAACCCCCGCAGCCACUGCGCCGGCGACAGGGAAGCCGAGUGACCGAGCCAGUGGAGCUGUAGUGAUCAGGCCGGAAAUGCAGAUGGACUCCUACUUCUACGCCGGCUGCUUCCACGACGAGGUCCCGUUCUACCCGCACGGCGCUGCGCCGCCCUCCCCGGAGCUGCCCUUCGGCCUCAUUGCCUCGCCGGGGGAGCCGGAGCCGCCCUUCGCGCCGACGGCCGCCGCGUUACAGAACCAGAACUACUCCGUGUCCGGGCCGGAGCUGCUGCUGCAGUCCAUGGGAGCGGGAGCGACGCACGUGAGCGGCGGGGACGCGCACGUGCACACGCAGGUGUUCGACGACACGCUGAGCGGCAGGAUGGGCGGUGGCCUUGAUCAGGAUCAGACAAUGGGGGAGGAGGGGGAGGACGAGCCGCGGCAGCAGCGGCGGCAGGAGCCGGCGGGCGCCACCGUGGAGAGCAGCCGCGGGUUCCGGCACAUGAUGCGGGAGCGGCAGCGGCGGGAGAAGCUGAGCCAGAGCUACGCCGACCUCUACGCCAUGGUCGCCGCCCGGUCCAAGGGGGACAAGAACUCCAUCGUGCAGUCGGCGGCGAUCUACAUCCACGAGCUCAGGGGCGCCCGCGAGCAGCUCCGGCGGCGGAACGAGGAGCUCAAGGCGAGGAUCCUCGGCCACGACGCGGGGCGGCAGUGCGUCAAGGUGCAGUUCGAGGUCGACGAGCCCGCGUCGGCGGUCGACUCCAUGAUCAGCGCGCUCCGGCGCCUCAAGGGCAUGGACGUCAGGGCCAGGGGCAUCCGGUCCACCAUGUCCGGACGCAGGCUGUGGACGGAGAUGAAUGUCGAGACCACGGUUGGAAAAAGGAUGCACAAGCAGUUGAGUGGCCUACGACAACAACUUGAUGAACUGGUUAAAUCAUCAGCGUCGAGUUGACAGCUACAAAUGAAAGGCCGGUAGUAUAAAACACAGCCAUUAGCACAGUGGUCAACUAUGUCAAAACCGCUGCUUCAGGUGUUCCUUUCUCUGAAUACAUCGUCAGGGAAAAAAAAUAUCCUCACCUGUUUCCCUCAAAAACAAAUCCUGACCUGCUUCCAAGCAUUAUAGAAUCUGCAACAAGCAGUCUAAUAUUCUAGUAAUCAAUAUGCAGCCGUUUGUAGUUCAAUUAACCUUCAGCUGUCAAAUCAAACAGCCCACAAAAAAAUAGCCCAGCCCCUUUUAUAUACCUUCACCAACACCAGCAUGGCAAUUGUCAAUGCCUCUUUCCAUCAACCGAAAAAAAAACAGAGAAAAUAGCCAGUGCCUCUCCUAUCUGAAUAAACAGCAUCUCAUCAGUGUCAACCUUAUCAUUUGCGUUAACUGAGUAGUAAUCAUAAAUGGAUCAAUCAUGAUAUACCCGCUUGUUGAUUU